AACCAGAUAGCCAAUAAACACCGGAAAAACUGUGGAAAUGGUUAAUCUAUUCAUGUUAACUUUACCCUUUUCCCAUUAAAAAAAAGUAAAACCUACUACAAAAAUAAUAAUAAAAACAUUUCCCAGUGCUGCUGGGCAAUGUCCCGCCUUCCUGACUUGUAUCUAUCAUUGAUUAGUUCUGAAUACUUUAAACCUGUCCCAACUACUGAUUGACAGCACAUUCCUAUAUUUCUAUUGGAGACUCCACUUAUGAGAUUUAAAACGAGAUUACAAUCAGGAUGGAGGCUUGUUAGCGGGAUUUAAAGAUGUAUUACAGUUAAGAUAUAGAGGAUUUCAAACAGAAUUGUGGCGAAAUGUACAAAAAUGCCUACACACAAAAACCCCAGAAGAAUGUGCCCGUGACCAUAGGGAUUUCGUUGUGGAAGACAGCAAACGAAAGAGGAAAGAAGAUACAACUUGAGUGUGGGAAAACUUUGAACAGAGCCCUCUGAGAAGAACAUUCAAGUCCAAAGUUUUAGCGCAUUUCCCAGAGACUAUUGAAUGGAACCCCUUUGACCAAGAUGCUGUUAAUAUGCUCUGCAUGCCCAAAGGCCUCUCCUUCCGGACCCAGGUGGACAACCGUGAGCCACAGUUCCACUCGUACCUCAUAACCCGGGAAGAUGGCUCACGCACGUACGGCUUUGUGCUGACGUUCUACGAGGAGGUGACCAGCAAGCAGAUCUGCACAGCCAUGCAGACGCUCUACCAGAUGCACCACGCUGAACACUUGGGCAGCGUCUGUGCCUCGUCUUCCUGCAGCAUGGACUCCCUGGCCAGCAGCUUGGAUGAAGGCGACGCCACCUCUCUCAACAAGCUCCACUGCUGCAGCUCCUAUGAUAUGAGCCGCGAUACCCUCUACGUCUCCAAGGCCCUCUGCCUCAUCACCCCGCUGCCCUUCAUGCAGGCCUGCCGCAAGUUCCUCACCCAGCUGCACCGGGCCGUCAGCUCCCAGCAGCCACCGCCCCUCCCCCUGGAGAGCUACAUCCACAACAUCCUGUAUGAGGUGCCCCUGCCUCCCCCCGGCCGCUCCCUGAAGUUCCAUGGAGUGUACGAGCCCAUCGUGUGCCAGAGACCCAGCCCCAGUGAGCUGCCCCUCGCAGACUACUCACUGAAGCAGGUCUUUGAGCUGUUGGGCGUGGAGAACCUAGUGCAGGUUUUCACCUGCAUCCUGCUGGAGAUGCAGAUCCUGCUCUACUCACAAGAUUACCAGCGGUUGAUGACAGUGGCAGAAGGGAUCACAACGCUGCUCUUCCCAUUCCAAUGGCAACACGUGUACGUUCCCAUCCUCCCAGCAUCCCUGCUUCACUUCCUCGAUGCCCCUGUGCCCUACCUGAUGGGGCUUCAGUCAAAGGAAGGAACCGACCGCUCCAAGCUGGAGCUGCCACAGGAGGCAAAUCUCUGCUUUGUGGACAUUGAUAACCACUUCAUCGAGCUCCCAGAGGACUUCCCACAGUUCCCCAAUAAGCUGGAAUUCAUCCAGGAGAUCUCGGCAGUCCUGCUCCAGUUUGGGAUUCCUCCCGAGGGCAGCCUGCACUGCAGCGACAGCGCCACCCAGCUGAAGAGCCUGGCGCUGCACGACCUGGUCAAUGACAAGAAGAAUGGCAACCUUCCUGGUGAUGCCCUGGCCGUCUUCGAGCUGCUGCAGGGCAAUGCCACGCUGGAGCGGCUGCAGGCCCUGGCAAAGCGCACAGGGGUGACAGUGGGGCGCAUGCCGGCGCUGGGCGGCAGCACAGUUAAGGAGAAGGACAGCAGGCUACAGUGUGAGGAGGAGGAGCUGCGAGAAGCCACGCUCAACGUGCAGGUCCGCGAGGUUUUUGCCAACCGCUUCUCGCAGAUGUUCGCUGACUAUGAGGCAUUCGUUAUCCAGAGCGCUACGGACUUGGAAUCCUGGCUUACCAACCGUGAGCAAAUGCAUAACUUCGACAAGGCCUCGUUCCUGUCAGACCAGCCUGAGCCAUACCUCCCCUUCCUCUCCCACUUCAUUGAGACGCAGAUGUUCGCCACUUUCAUCGACAACAAGAUCAUGUCACAGUGGGAGGACAAGGAGCCCCUGCUCAGAGUUUUCGAUUCUCGCAUCGAGAAGAUGAGGCUCUAUAACGUGCGCAUCCCUAACCUCCGCUCCUCCAACUACCAGAAAAGCACCAUCUUAAAGGAAUCGGCCCAGUCUAUUGAGCAGCGGCUAAUGAAGAUCGAUCACACAGCUAUCCACCCGCACCUGCUCGAUAUGAAGAUCGGGCAAGGCAAGUACGAGCAGGGCUUCUUUCCAAAGCUGCAGGCCGAUGUGCUGGUGGCAGGACCAACCAAUAACAACAGGUGGGCCAGUCGGACAGGGACAGCCCAGCGAAGGAAAGACCGCCUCAGACAACAUUCCGAGCACCUGGGCCUGGACAAUGAUUUAAGAGAGCAAGUAGAGGGGUGUCUGGUCCUGCAGAACUCAAUGGCAUUCUGGGAGUGGGAUCAGGGCCCACCCCCUCCCAUACGACCACCUAAAAAAUCCUUCUCUGCCUGCUGUCUGAAAUACAUGCAGGAGGCCAGGAGUUUAGGGAAGAACUUGAGACAGCCCAAACUGUCGGACCUCUCCCCUGCCGUCAUUGCACAGACCAACUGGAAAUUUGUGGAGGGGCUGCUUAAAGAAUGCAGAAUGAAGACUAAGCGAAUGCUGGUGGAGAAGAUGGGCCAUGAGGCGGUGGAGCUGGGCCACGGAGAGGCCAACAUAACAGGGCUGGAGGAGAACACGCUCAUCGCCAGUCUUUGCGACCUGAUGGAACGGAUCUGGAGUCACGGGCUGCAGGUCAAACAGGGGAAAUCUGCCUUGUGGUCUCAUUUGCUUCAGUACCAGGAGAGGGAAGAGAAACUGGAGCAAACAGCAAUCUCUCCAGUUUUGCUAGGACCAGAGAGACGAAAAUCUGAGACAGGAUUGACCAUGCCUUUCCUCCGGGUGUCCCUUAUUCAGGACAUGAGGCACAUCCAGAACGUGAGUGAAAUAAAGACGGAUGUGGGUCGAGCUCGUGGCUGGAUCAGGCUCUCGCUGGAGAAGAAGCUGCUCUCCCAGCACCUAAAACAGCUGCUGUCCAACCAGGCAUUAACAAAAAAGCUGUAUAAGCGUUAUGCUUUCCUCCGCUGUGAAGAAGAGAAGGAGCAGUUCCUCUAUCACCUCCUCACGCUCAACACGGUUGAUUACUUCUGCUUCACUAGUGUCUUCACUACCAUCAUGAUACCCUACAGAGCAGUGAUCAUCCCCAUAAAGAAGCUGAGCAAUGCCAUCACCACCUCAAACCCCUGGGUCAGUGUCUCGGGAGAGCUGGGGGACUCAGGAGUGAUGCAGAUUCCAAAGAACGUGCUGGAGAUGACCUUCGAUUCUAGCUUUCGGCCCAGACGCUCCACAGUGUCUGCAUUAUUCAAGUGUCAAAAUCUAGGAAAGCUGACGACAGCUCAAAUCGGACAUGACAACUCUGGUCUGUUAGCGAAGUGGCUGGUGGACUGUGUGAUGGUCAGGAAUGAGAUCACAGGACACACUUACAAGUUCCCGUGUGGCCGCUGGCUGGGGAAGGGUGUUGACGAUGGGAGCCUGGAGAGAAUACUGAUUGGAGAGUUGCUCAUCCCGUGUGCCGACGAGGACGUGAGCAAGCAGUGCAGGACCCCACCACUGCAGCGCUCCCCCACACAAACGCGCCGCCUCAGCAUCACCUCACUGGCAGGCAGGAACAAGCCGAAUGCUGGCCAAAUUCAGGAGGCCAUCGGGGAAGCUGUGAAUAAUAUUGUAAAACACUUUCAUAAACCUGAAAAGGAGAGAGGAAGUCUCACGAUCCUGCUGUGUGGUGAGAACGGUCUGGUCUCUGCUCUGGAGCAGUUUUUCCACCACGGGUUCAAAUCCUCCCGCAUUUUCCAGAAGAACGUCUUUGUCUGGGAUUUCAUAGAGAAAGCCGUGGCCUACUUUGAAAUGACCGAUCAGAUUGGGGACACUGAGGAGGAAACGGAAGCAUUCAGAUCCAUGUGUAAAGUAUUCUGUCAUUAUGCGAACGCCAUCAACGUAACCCCAAGGAACAUUGGAAAAGAUGGAAAAUUCCAGUUUCUUGUUUGUCUUGGGGCAAGGGACCACUUGCUUCCUCAAUGGAUCCCGCUCCUGGUGGAAUGCCCUCUAAUCACAAGGAUGUAUGAAGAAUAUGCUCUGCUGCGGGACCACCUGACAGUGAAUUCCCUCAUUCGGGUGCUACAGACAGUCCAUGAGUUCAAUAUUACACUGGAAUCCUCGCUGGUCAAAGGAAUAACCCUGUAGCCUUACUGUAUGUUAAAAAAAAGACUGGCUGCCAUUCUGUCUACAUUCUACACGGUCUACAUUCUGAGAAUACUGUAGGGACCUUUUUCUGGCCCAAAUUGCUGCUGGUAGUGUAACACUGGAUGUCAAGUGACAUUUAAUAGAUUGAAAACAAAAGAAGACAUCAAAGACUGGGCCACAAGACCUGGGACAAAGCAUAGUGGCCUGGUCAGGAAGUAAUGUAUAAAGCUGAAUGUAGUAUUACCUAGCUUGUUUAAAGAAACAUUGACAUUUAGUAAGAAUAUAAAAUAUUUUUCAUGUGUUUAGAUGUGUGUAAAUACGUUUUCAAUAAAAAUAAAAGGUUAAUACACUGCUAAGAUGAGUUUACCAGAAAACAAAAGACAAACAUGUUCUUGUGUAAUGUAAUGUGUUUUGCUGACUAUUUAGUUCAGAGAAUCUUCAGCUAUUGCUAGAAGGCAUGCUAUCAGUCACACUUGAUUGAUGGUUCUGUUCUGUUUGCUUUAAACAUGCCAUAGUUACUGCUCGGGAAUUCAAGUGUAGUCACUGGGCAAUAACGUUUUUUUUACAUUGGAUUAGUCAUCAAUAUCAGACUAGUGGCAAGCCCAAGAUUUUUUGAUGAUGAAACUGUAUUACAGUAGAUCUAUCGCCACAGAUAUUGAUGCCUUAUCAGUGUGAUAAACAUACCACUUUUAUGGAAUGGCCCUAAUGUGCAAAUGUGUCCUUUUCUGGAGCAAUUGAUGCACAGCGUGCCUUCUCCAUCACAAGAUCAAAUCAAAGUUAUCAGCCACUGCAUAAGGAUGUGUUGUGGCUAUGAGACCUUCUCUUGCCUGGAGGUUUGAAGUUUACUGCUGCUGUCAAUGCAAGCUUGAAAUAUCAGCACUGAAUGGCUUUUCUUUGUGGUCCAAUUGGAGAUUUCCGUGUUUCUUUUACAGCAACUGGGACCCUCCAGUACAGAACACUGCUCUGGUUAUAAUGGAACAUUAAGGCAUCAGUAUAUCAUCAUAACUCAUAAUAAUGUUUGUGCUGGAAACAGGAUGUAUAUAUUUUUUGUAUCAGAACUGGAAACGUACGUUGAAUUUCACUGGAACAGAAUUGCAUUAAAAUAUAUAUUAUCCCAGACCUAGUGUAUUAAAUCAGUUACAUAUAUAUAUUUUAUUACAUCAUAGGUAAAAAGUUGUGGCUGAUGAUUUACCUUGCUAUUAACUUGUGCAAUUAAAGGCCCAGCAAGAUUGCCAUGUUUUGUGAGGGCUGUUCUAGUUCAAUCAGCUUGGCCCUGUUUAAGAAGUAGGGUGAAUAUAUAAAGUUCCAGUUUUAGUCUCAUAGAAGGCUACACUCGUCCCAUCACUACAAUAGAUCUAAAAACAUGCUGCACUUUACACCACAAUACAUUGCUUAUGCCUAUCUGGCUGUCGAUGGUCUUGCAUAUUACAAAUAGUAUUAAAGGCUCCUGAUACACAGUGUAUUCAUGUCUUUUAGUGCAGCGGUGGUACUCUAAUGAAACCUAAAUAAAUGUGCCAAGCAAGUUUUAAAAGGGUUGUGCACUAUUCAUAAGUCAACUAAAUCAACUAGGUAGCCAGGUGUACAGCUUUUGGAGUGUCAUGGAAUGAUAUUUCAUUCGAGUUUGUACAGUUGUCUUGCAUUUAAUUUGUGUUGUCCUUUAAUUAAUGUGGAUGUGCUUUGUGGUGUGCUCAAUUUCAAUACAAAUAUCAUUCUCCCUACUCUGCAACUGAUCCUACCAAUUGUCCAAUGCAAGAUUGUGUGUAAAUUAAAUGUCAGGCCUGUCCGAUAUCACGGCUUUUAAGGGAAUCCUAAUCAUUAAAUGGGGCAAACAGAAUGUGUUGGGCUGUGCAAUCUAUGUAUGUUUGUAGUUUGUACAAACUUGAUUUUAAAAUAUCAUUUGUUCACGUUACUUUUAAUUUUAAUAAAACUAGGCUUUUAAAUGUGUUUUAGUCUAAAAUAUUUGUAUUAACUUUCAACUUGCUACACCUUUUAGAUGUUAGUCUUAGAGGGUAGCAAUAUAUAUAUAUAUAUAUAUAUAUAUAUAUAUAUAUAUAAUAUAUAUAUGGAUUUGUGCAGCUAAUAUUGUGGAACAUGGUUCCUAACAGCUAUUCACAGUUUAAAUGGAAAGGUUUGCAGUGAUCAAUUACAGUAUAUGUUUACCCCUGGAAGAAAUUAUGUGAAACGGAUUAAAAAAAACAGUAUUUAAAGCAUUGCUGUCUUUUUUUUCAGGAUAUCAAUGUGUGCACUGCAUAAAUAAACACAGUUGUGUGUCUUUUUUUAUGUUUAUUUGUAUUAAUUAAACUUACGCUCUUGUGUCAGUGCAGUAAAAUGUCUGUUCACAUCACUGUUAUGUUGUAAUAUUUAUGAAACAUUUCAUUAAAAAAGCUUUGUUCUUUA